UCCAGAUACGAAGGGGGAAGGAAAGAACAAGGGCCAAUUGCCCAGAUGCCCGAAUUGAGCUAAUCCCUGUAGUCUGUAGAUCCAUUUUAAAAAAAUAGAAAACGCUCAGAGGUGAGGUGAGGUGAGGUGAGGUGAGAUAAAAAUCUAAGAGGGAGGGGAGAGAGAAGGAAUUGUUCUGCGUAGUGUCAGUGUCGCCAUAACUUCCAAAACUGGGAGUGUCUCCAUCUUUACCCUUUUCUUUACCUACCAGGACUAGGCUGGGGUGCAAUAAUUCUGCCUUUGCUCGAACGGGUUUUUUUUGUUUCAACUGGGUUUGACGCCUUUUUGCAGUGCCUCCCUCCUCUAUUUUACCUACGAUUGAAUUGUCAGGAAGGAGGCAGCCCACCGUGCGUUUCUGCGGAUAAUUCAGGGGAGAAAGGGCCAUUCGCUAGUUACCCAUUUCCAGGUGCUUUCCAACGCUCCCACUGCCCUCGCCCUGCAAUGUUGUGACGAAGCGGGAACUCGGGAUCUCGAAUCGGCUUAUCCAUCCGCACAUGCUGUUAUCCCCAAAUUUUUGUGCUGUCUGCCUUCCUGUAACCAUGCACAAGGUUUUAUUGGGGACUUGGCUGAAGUGAGUUUCCCCGAGUAAGCAGCAUGAAAAUAGCGGUGAAAAAAGGGUGGAAGUCCAUAGCGCCAAUCCGUCUAACAGAGAAAUCUGCUCGACGUUUCUGUUUAUUUUCAAAAGUGAAGUCAGAUAGUGAUGGAGCCAAGAAAACUCCAGUAUAUCUUAAUGUGUACGACUUGACGCCAAUGAAUGGGUAUGUUUAUUGGGCUGGCCUCGGCAUAUUUCACUCUGGUGUCGAAGUCCAUGGCGUAGAAUACGCAUUCGGAGCACAUGACUAUCCGUCCAGUGGUGUUUUUGAAGUUGAGCCACGCCAAUGCCCUGGAUUUAAGUUCAGGAAGUCGAUAUUCGUCGGCACCACAUUGUUGGAUGCUACACAGGUUCGGGAAUUCAUGGAACGCCAAGCUGCAAAUUACAACGGCGACACUUACCACUUGAUCGUGAAGAAUUGCAACCAUUUCUGCAAGGACAUAUGCUACAAGCUGACCGGCAAAAGGAUUCCGAAAUGGGUAAAUCGACUGGCUAAACUAGGUUCAAUCUUCAACUUUGUACUGCCCGAAGCACUUAAAAUCACCGCAGUGCAGCACGACCCAAAAUUCCAGGCGUUCGAUGACAGCGAUAAAAGGCGACUAAGAAGUACAUUCAGCUGUCUAUCCUCCAUCUCGUCGAGGCAAAAGCAACUGUCGACUUCUUCUUUGUUGAUACAAUCUCCCCUCAAAGGAUGCCUACCUCCAUGGGAAUUGAAAAGAUCCGCCAACGGUUCGCUCAAAGAAAGGUAAGCGUAGUUGGGAAUGAACGCUCUGUUGAUGUUCUUGUUAGUAUCAGAUGCAUCGCCGUCGUGCUGUGCUUGUAUUUUGUCCGGCGACUGCUUCGUAAAUACUGUGUGAGGGACUGAUCUAGUUCAUGGAA